AUGUCGGCUUCCAACCCCCUCAUCAACUCACCGCACGCGGGCGGUAUGGCCCGCCAUCCGGAUCAUCACUACAUCACCCGUCCCAAACGAUCUGACUCGGCACAGUUCGACCAUCCUAGCCACCGUGGCCACUUUGACGCUGCGAACAGAAUGCUUGACGUCAGCGAGGAGCCUACCUUUAUUCCCACCUCGCUCGGCGAACAUCUGCUCGAGCGCACUUACCUCGACGAUGUCGUGCGGCCUCUCGUUCGUGCCCUUGUCAAAGCUCGCAUGACCUACGAAGUCAAUGGCGAUGGUGCCGCCGAGAGCUCGCAGGCUUAUGUCGACCUGGAGAAGCUCCGGCGUGAGCUCGAACGAUCCACACAGCGCGCUCGUCAUGCCGAACAGGAACGAGACGAUCUCGCGCGUCGACUCGACCUUGUCGGUGGCCCUGACGCUGCCUCGCGAGACCGUGCGGAUUACAGGAGUCAGCAGCCAUUUCCACCUCCUCCGGCAGCUAGUGGCAUGAAACGACCGCGUGCAUCCGAGUAUGACCGUCGAUCGCCUGCUGCACCGGUGAUUGUUGCACAUGGCGAUGGCGGUCCAGGUGCCUCGAUCCCGCUCACCAACGAACCUCCGCACAAUGCACCCGUUAGCAUGGUGUCGAGGGCCCCGCACCUUCCACCAGGUUCUGAGCAGAUUUCCCCUCCGCCCAUGUCGUAUGCUCAUCUGGGCGCGCCUCGACACCGACCUUACGCCGAGAUGCAGCAUGGUGACCCGCACGAAACGGAUCAACGCCAUCUGGCGCGCAUGCCUCACAACAAUGCGGCGCUGGAAGCAGAGUAUGGAUACGCAGACGAGCGGGUCGACAGAUAUGGCAUGCCGCUGGCGGGACCUCUUCAUCGUCCGCCCGUCUCUCGGUUCGGCGGGAUGGGCGGUGUACGAUCGCCUCCGCCCAGCGGCGGUGCGUAUCUCAACUCGAGCAGCGAGAGGUCUUCGAUGCCGGCCUUGACGAAUUUCCCGUCGGCGUCGUCGAGCGGCUCGUAUGGUGCACCGUACGCGAGUGGGCAUCCUUACGAGCAGCACGAGGUGGACGAGAUGGAGCGCUCGCGCAAGAUCGCUCCGAUGCGGCCUGGCGAGCCGCCGAUGGAAUAUGUUCCGCACUCCAUGGGUGGUGGUGGUGGUGGUGGGCGUCCACUGUCUGGCAACUACUCGGCGACAGAAGCGGGAAACUAUCCGGUGCGCAAGCUCGCCUCGACCAAGAACCGGACGUGUUCCAACUGCUCCGCUCCACACGAUGCCAAGUUUCGACGUGGGCCCAAUGGGCCGGGCACGCUGUGCGACCGGUGUGGAUCGCGUUGGAAGAAGUACAAGGAGCAAGAGUCGGUGAGCAGGCGCGACUCGCAGCAGUCGCAUGAAGCCGGCUUUGUGGUUCCUCUAACCAGCAGCGCUUCGGCCUCUGCGGUAGGGGCUGCAGCGACGGCUCAGGCUAGACUCAGCUCAGCCAGUGCCAGCUCGCGUUCGCCUAUGGAUCCGUCGGCGGAGAGCGGUGUUACAGGAGGCGAGGAGGGAACCGGUAAUGCACGACACGAUGCGGGGUCCGCGGUGGCUUCGCCGCGGGAUGUGGGUACUGGUGCUGGCAGCUCGGCGGAGAGUGUGCAGCCGCAGAGGGAGAGGGAGAGGGAGAGGAGCGCGUCGGUGGACCAGCUGAUUGAUGACUAG